GAUACAGACACCACAGACACAGCUACUAUAGAAACAUCAGAUAUAUUUGCAGAUUUACUCCGGAAUAUAAUGCCGGACAAUAUAGUGGACAUGGCUUUCCAACAAUCACUUACACGGAAUGACGUCACUUAUGAAACAUUCACAAGGAACACAACUAAUGGGACAGUCGACGAGACUGUGAGGAAAAUAACCAAAACUGUAGGGAAGACCCCAGGUACCAACGUUCUCGGUAUGAUAGUGACAUGCAUGCUGUUGGGAUUAGCUAUCAGCAAGGCAAAAGGAAAGGGCAAGCCAGUACUGAAAUUCUUUACAUCACUGACCGAUAUCAUUAUGAUAAUACUACAAUGGUUGUUAUGGUCUACACCUCUGGGUGUCCUAAGCCUGAUCGCUGUUUCCACAGCUACCGUGAAGGACCUCGAUCAAAAUUUCCGAGCUCUGGGAAAGCUGGUCGGGCUUGUAGUUAUAGGAAUCAUCAUACACCAGUUUAUCAUAAUGCCGAUCAUAUUUUUUGUGACAACUCGACGGAAUCCUUAUAAGUUUGCGUUACAAAUCAUUAAAGCUUGGAUGAUCGUCUUUGCUACAACGAGUCCGUAA